GCCCUGGCAACAAGCAACCCUAAACGGUGCUAUUUGUCGCCAGCUCAAAACAAAACACAAAUGGCAAAUCGCACGGUUAAAGAGGCGAAAAACGUGCACGGCACCAAUCCGCAAUAUCUCAUCGAGAAGAUCAUCCGCUCUCGCAUCUAUGACUCAAAGUACUGGAAGGAGCAAUGCUUUGCCCUCACCGCCGAACUACUCGUGGACAAGGCAAUGGAGCUUCGUUUCGUUGGCGGCGUCUACGGUGGAAAUAUUCGACCAACCCAGUUUCUCUGCCUCACACUGAAGAUGCUGCAAAUACAGCCGGAGAAGGACAUUGUGGUGGAGUUCAUCAAAAACGAGGAGUUCAAAUACGUGCGUGCCCUGGGCGCAUUCUAUUUACGUUUAACCGGCGCCGCCAUCGAUUGCUACAAGUAUCUGGAACCGCUUUACAUUGACAAUCGCAAGUUGCGUCGCCAGAAUCGAGCUGGGCAGUUUGAGAUCGUCUAUAUGGAUGAAUAUAUUGAUGAAUUGCUGCGCAACGAUCGCGUCUGCGACAUCAUUUUGCCGCGCAUACAAAAACGUGCUAUUCUCGAGGAGAAUAAUGAGCUGGAGCCAAAGGUAUCGGUUCUGGAUGAGGAUCUGGACGAUGAGGUGCCCAGCGAGGAUGAGGCUAAGGAUGCAAACGAUCAAGAAUCCAAUCGCCCAAAGAACAGUUCAUCAUCCCUAGUGCGGAGACCCCGUCGUGGUCGCUCUAAAUCGAAAUCCCGCAGUCAAGACCGGGACAGACGCAUUGCACCCAGCAGUAAUCCACGCUCUCGCGACUACUACGACGAUCUAGAGGAAUACGACAGGCAACGCAAUCGGGCGCGUAACAGAGACAACCAGAAUCACAGCCACAAUGACGAUUACGAUCGAAGGCAAUCGGGUCGAAAUGAGAAUAGACGGGAUGGGGAGCGGGAGAGGCGCGAUCGGGAACGUGACAGGGAACGGGAGCGACAUGGGAGAGAUGAUAGAGAUCGGGAGCGAGAGCGCGAACGAGAAAGGGAGCGAGAACGGGAUCGGGAGCGUGGUGGUCGCCACGAGCACCGUGAAAGAGAUUCGCGUAAUGAGCGUGAACGUCGGCGUUACUAACGAAUUAUACCUAGUUUUGUAAACUUAAUAAAUACUUAAAAAUUA